AUGGCUAAGAGAUCGUUGGGAAUUGGGAAGGCUUCCAAGGCCAAGAAGCAAAAGUCUGCACCACGCGAAGAAGAAAAAAUUGAAAAGGAUCAAGCUACGGAAGGAAGUAACGAAAUCACAGUAGAAUUGAACGAAGAAGCUGAUGCCAAUGACGAAAUUGCUCAAUUGAAAGCCUUGUGGAAAACUUAUAAUGACUCAGAGAAAGAUAACGAACUUGUAAUCAAUGGAAUUAUACAUGAAUGCGAUCGUCUUUUGAGAAACUCUAAGCUUGGAGAGGAGAAGGAGAAGGAGAAGGAGCAAUACACUCAAGAGUUACCAGACUUCUUUCAUUCCAUCUAUGCUCUUGCCUUGGCGGAGUUGGCCAAGUUCCAUACUGAAGAUAACAAGAAAGUGGCCGAGUAUUUUGAUGCUGCUGUUGAAAGAGCUGAUUUGGGUUUGAGCCAGCAUCAGGAUUCAAUCCAAUUGUUAUUCUCCAAGAGUAAGAUAUUGCUUCAUCAGAUUGCUUUACAGUACAUCUCCCAGUUAAAAGUUGAUACUUCUAUUUCAAAGAAAGUACCUAAAUUGAGCUCCUACUUGGAUUCUGCCUUGAGAACAUACGAAGAAGCUGAAAAAAAGGCUGACGAGUUGAAGAAGUACGAGUUGUUCAAUGCCGACCAGUUGGAAAUUUUGCAGGUGUUGGAUGAUUUGCUUGAUAUAGUAGACAACUUUGGCAAAGACAUUGCUGAAGGUGAAGAUGAUGAUGACGAAGUCGAAGAUGACGAAAUUGAAUUGGAAGAAAGUCAUCCUUUGUAUGCAAUUCGGGAAUCUGACGAAUACAACCAAUGGUGGAGAGAUCAUAUUAUCCUCUUCUUGGACAAUGUUGAUAAACAUGGUAAAGAAAUUAAAGUAGACUUCAAAGAAAAGGCCAAGUCGCAGGAAGAAGAACAUCCUCUCUUGCCAUUGAGGAGAGAAAUCUGUAAGAGAAUCGGUCAGUCGUACCUUCAAGAAGCUGAAGUUCCUUCUUCUGUGUUCACCACUUUAGCCUACGACGAUGGAUUCAAGAACGAAAAAGAAAUCAACGGUUUGAGCCUCAAAGAAUCGCAGAAGAUCGCUCAGAAGUUGAUUUCCACCGCAUUGAAAUACUUGCAAUGGGCAGAAGACCAAGAAGAGCCCGAGACCUGGGUCAAUGUGGCUGAAGCCAUGAUCUCGUUGGGCAAUUUGUAUGAGGUAGAAAGUGAAGAACAGGAGAGUCAUUACCAAGAAGCUGAAAAAAUUCUCAACAAAGCUAACAACGUUACAAACGGCAAGUACGAGGACGUGUUAGAGAACUUACUUGGAGACUGA